AUAGCUCGAUUUGUUCGCGUUGCUCUUCUUCGUCGUACAUUCAUUCGGAUUUAUUCAUUCGUAUUGCUGUUGUGAAAAUGUUUUAGAAAAAUUUAUUUCUCAGAAAAAUCUUGUUUCGAAAAUGCUUGCUACUCUAUUCAUUUUUGCGCUCGUGACAGCGCAUGCGAUGGAAAUACCCUCCUACAUUCGGGUAUGUGGCCGCAGUGAUCCCAACUAUGACCAAUGUAUCGUUGACAAUCUUAACGCUGUGAAAUAUAAGAUUUGCACAGGGAUGCCGGAAUUUAAUGUUGGUCCAACUGAGCCAAUAAUUAUUGACAAAAUAGUUAUCUAUGAUACAGAUAGUCUUAAACUCUAUCUCAGAGAUGCAAAAUUAAGUGGAUAUUGUGAUUUCGUCGUAAACUCCGUUCACACAGAUCCUGAUAGACUCCACUUUGUUAUAGAUAUCACAAUCAAGCAUUUUAAUAUGAAUGUUUUAUAUGAUUUUGAUAUACAUGUAUUAGUGCCCCUCGCUAAUAAGGGAUUGGCUAUCAUUACUUCAGAUAAUGUACUAUUCAAACUAACCCUGGACUUCAAAGUGGCAACUAAGAACGGUGAAAAACAGAUAUAUGUAUCGAAAGCAAACACAAAUAUCAAUAUCACAUCAUUUAAAUAUGAGUUUGAUGAAAGCGAAAAGGAAUUAGUUCAACUACAUCAAGCUAUUAGUAACGUCGUAGAUAGUAAUUCAGAAGAUAUUAUUCGUAGUGUUAAAUCGGCAGCAGAAAAGAAAAUCUCGGAAUUAGUCAUCUUAGUUGUCAACAACAUAACCCGUUCCAAUUACGAGAAACUAUUUCCCGAAAAAGUAUGAAUUGUUUGAGAUUCGUUAUUGCAAAAUCAUUCCUUACUUGCUGCGAACGAAUCAAGGGAAAUCUGAAACAAAUUCUAUUAUAAUAUUUUGAAAAUUGGUGAUAUACAAUUUAUUUUAACUAAUAAUACGUAAUGGUAGACGUUAUUAUUUAUAUAUUGCUAGUGUAAAAUUUGGAAUAAUAGUUAACUAAAAAUGUCUCUGUAUUACUUUUAAUGUUAAUAGGUUAAUUACAAGAUUUUCAAGUAGUAAAUAUUGCAACAAUUAUA